CUCGCCAUGUCCCUCAAGCAAGCGGCGGCGGCGGCGCAGCCCGCCGGCAACAACCGCAAGCCCCCCGGCGGCGGCGGCCCCGGCCUCCCGUCAGCCGCGGGGAGGCAGAACAUGGGCAGAGGCCGCAGCAGUGGCAAAGGACCCCCUCAGCCCACGAUUUCUUUUGAUGGCAUCUAUGCAAACAUGAGAAUGGUUCACAUACUCACAUCAGUUGUUGGAUCCAAAUGUGAAGUACAGGUGAAAAAUGGUGGUAUAUAUGAAGGAGUUUUUAAAACCUACAGUCCUAAGUGUGAUUUAGUGGUUGAUGCUGCUCAUCGGAAAACUGCAGAAUCCAGUUUGGGGCCAAAAAGGGAGGACAUCCUGGAGAGUAUCUUGUUCAAGUCUUCAGACUUUGUUAUGGUGCAUUUUAAGGAUAUGGAUACCAAUUAUGCCAGAAGAGAUGCUUUUACUGAUUCAGCCAUCAGUGCUAAGGUGAAUGGAGAGCACAAGGAGAAGGAUCUGGAACCUUGGGAUGGAGGAGAGAACACGGCCUCCGAGGAGCUGGAGGCGCUGGAGACCGAUGUCUCUAAUGGAUGGGAUCCCAAUGACAUGUUUCGUUACAAUGAAGAAAAUUAUGGUGUAGUGUCAACUUAUGACAGCAGUUUAUCUUCUUAUACGGUGCCAUUAGAAAGAGAUAAUUCAGAAGAGUUUUUAAAGCGGGAAGCCAGAGCAACUCAAUUAGCAGAGGAAAUUGAAUCAAGUGCCCAAUACAAAGCUCGGGUUGCCUUGGAAAAUGAUGAAAGGACAGAAGAAGAAAAAUAUACUGCUGUUCAGAGAAAUGCUAAUGAAAGAGAAGGACAUGGUGUGAACACUAGAGAAAAUAAAUACAUUCCACCUGGACAGAGGAACAGAGAUGUCCUGUCCUGGGGAAGUGGAAGACAAAACUCACCGAGGAUGGGCCAGUCUGGAUCAGGCCCACCCAUCUCAAGGUCUGGAUCCCACACUUCAGAAUUCAGCCCUAACUCUGGAGCAGAUCAGAGAGUAGUUAACGGAGGUGUUGCCUGGCCAUCGCCUUGCCCAUCUCCUUCCUCUCGCCCACCUUCUCGCUACCAGUCAGGUCCCAACUCUCUUCCACCUCGGGCAGCCACCCCUACACGGCCGCCCUCCAGGCCCCCCUCGCGGCCCUCCAGGCCCCCGUCUCACCCCUCUGCUCAUGGUUCUCCAGCUCCUGUCUCUACUAUGCCUAAACGCAUGUCUUCAGAAGGGCCUCCACGGAUGUCACCAAAGGCUCAACGGCACCCUCGAGGUCACAGAGUCUCUACUGGUAGGGGUACAAUUUCAAGUGGCUUAGAAUUUGUAUCUCAUAAUGCACCUGGGGAAGCAUCUACUGCUGCAGUGGCACGAGGCAGCCCUUCAGGUGGGACGUGGUCAUCAGUUGUCAGUGGGGUUCCGAGAUUAUCCCCUAAAACACACAGGCCUAGGUCUCCAAGGCAGAGCAGCACUCCCAUGGGACCAGCUCUGCCUUCUCCUCAGCCUGGUACAAUUCCCACUGAAUCUGUUGCCAUGCCUGUUCCAGCUGCCUCUCCUACACCUGCCAGCCCUGCAUCCAACAGAGCAGUCACCCCCUCCAAUGAAGCUAAAGAUACAAGGCUUCAGGACCAGAGGCAAAAUUCUGCAACUGGAAACAAGGAGAAUAUAAAGCCAAGUGAGACUUCUCCUAGUUUUUCUAAACCUGAAAACAAAGGUGUCUCUCCAAUUGUUUCAGAGCAUAGAAAACAGAUUGAUGAUUUAAAGAAAUUUAAGAAUGACUUUAGGUUACAGUCCAGUUCCUCUUCAGAUGCAGUGGAUCAGCUGCUAAACAAAACCAGAGAAGGUGAAAAAUCAAGAGAUGUAGUUAAAGAAAAGACAGAAUCCACCCCUAAAGAAUCUAUCAUAGAGGCUGGCAGUAACACCAACUCCAGUGGUGGCAGUAGCAAACCCAACAGUCCCAGUAUUUCUCCUUCCAUGAGUAACAGCUCUGAGCAAAAGCGAGGCCCUGAGGUCACCUCCCAAGGUGUGCAGACAUCUGGGCCUGGAAGUAAACAAGACAAAGAGGAUAAAGAGGAGAAGAAGGAUACUUCAGAGCAAGUUAGAAAAUCAACACUUAAUCCCAAUGCUAAAGAGUUCAACCCUCGAUCUUUUGCUCAACCGAAACCUUCUACUACACCAACCUCCCCUCGUCCCCAAGCUCAGCCCAGCCCCUCCAUGGUGGGGCACCAGCAGCCAACCCCCGUGUACACUCAGCCUGUUUGUUUUGCACCAAAUAUGAUGUACCCGGUUCCAGUGAGUCCAGGCGUGCAGCCUUUGUAUCCUAUUCCCAUGACGCCCAUGCCAGUGAACCAAGCCAAGACAUAUAGAGCAGGUAAAGUACCAAAUAUGCCCCAGCAGCGGCAAGACCAACACCACCAGAGCACCAUGAUGCAUCCUGCCUCAGCAGCAGGCCCUCCAAUUGUAGCUACUCCACCUGCUUACUCUACACAAUAUGUUGCAUAUAGCCCCCAACAGUUUCCUAACCAGCCUCUUGUGCAGCAUGUGCCACACUACCAAUCUCAGCAUCCUCAUGUUUAUAGCCCUGUAAUACAGGGCAACGCUAGGAUGAUGGCCCCACCAGCACACGCACAGCCGGGUUUAGUAUCUUCCUCUGCAACACAGUACGGUGCGCAUGAACAGACACAUGCUAUGUAUGUUUCCACUGGCUCACUUGCUCAGCAGUAUGCCCACCCUAAUGCUACCCUGCACCCGCAUCCUCCUCAUCCCCAGCCUUCUGCCACCCCAACUGGCCAGCAGCAAAGCCAACAUGCUGGAAGCCACCCUGCUCCAAGCCCCGUGCAGCACCACCAGCACCAGGCUGCCCAGGCCCUGCACCUGGCCAACCCCCAGCAGCAGUCGGCGAUUUACCACGCAGGUCUAGCUCCAACCCCUCCUUCCAUGACGCCAGGCUCCAACACGCAGUCUCCACAAAACAAUUUUCCUACAGCACAACAAACAGUCUUCACCAUUCAUCCCUCCCAUGUUCAACCUGCAUAUACCAAUCCGCCACACAUGGCCCAUGUCCCCCAGGCUCAUGUACAGUCAGGAAUGGUUCCUUCUCACCCAACUGCCCAUGCUCCAAUGAUGCUAAUGACGACACAGCCUCCCGGUGGUCCCCAAGCCGCCCUCGCUCAAAGUGCACUACAGCCCAUUCCAGUCUCGACAACAACACAUUUCCCCUAUAUGACCCACCCUUCAGUACAAGCCCACCACCAACAGCAGUUGUAAGGCUCAUCUGGAAUAACUGAAAGGCUGGAUACCUUUUGUAGGCCAAAUACCCUCCUUCUACUGCUUCUGCCAACUGGAAGCACAGAAAACUAGAAUUUCAUUUUAUUUUGUUUAAAAAAAAAAAAAAUUUUUGAUUUCUUGUAACAUCCACUAGGAAUGCUAACAGUUCAUCUUGCAGUGGGAGAGAUUCGGACUGAGUAGAGGCAUUUAGGAACUUGUGGGCUAUUCCAUAAUUCCAUGCACUGUAUCUGAGUCCUGCAAGUGCCCCAACUCUGCUUGCUGAAAAACUGGAAGUUAUUUAUUUUUUAAUGACCCUUCAAAGUUAUGAACUCGUCAGCUAGCAAAAGAAGUAACAAGAGUGAUUCUUGCUGCUAUUAUCACUAAAAAUCAAGACUUGGAGAUCCCUUUUACUUCUAACUAAACUUGAAACAGGUUCAGUAAAAAAAAAAAAAAAUUCUAAUCGUCAAACGGAUGAGUUAUUAUUUAUAAAUCACGUUUGAUGAGAUAAUCACUAUCGUGAGACAGUGAUGUAACUUUUAAGUUAAGAAAACUUUUACUUUGUAGAUAAUAUAAAAUAAAAACUUAAAAAAA